CGAGGCAGCGGCGCAGGCGGAGCGGUGCGGGGCUCGCUGCUCUCCGUGUCGCCGCCAGAGCCAGCGGCCGCGGCCAUGGGCAUCCCGGGCCGCCCGCUUUGUGCCGCCCCGCCCGCCGCCCCGGGCCGCCGCUGCUGAGCCGCAUGGGCCGGGCUCCGCGCCGCCGCCGCCGCUGCUCCGAGCGGCAGAACCAACGUGUUCUCCUUGGAGAUACGGGUGUUGGUGAUCUGAGAUUUCGGCUCUUCCCCCGCUGUUCAAGGAAGCGCCAGAAAGAUGAAUAUCCAGGGGAAGGGCUUCCCUCUGGACCUCGGAGGAAGCUUCACUGAGGAUGCUCCAAGGCCACCGGUGCCUGGUGAGGAGGGUGAGCUCGUGUCCACAGAUCCAAGGCCAGUCAGCCACGGUUUCUACUCCAGUAAAAGCGAUGUGGUUAGAAAUGAGACCUCCACCGCAACGCCAAGGCGCUCCGAUCUGGAUUUGGGCUAUGAACCUGAGGGGAGUGCUUCGCCAACUCCACCCUACCUGAAGUGGGCCGAGUCGCUGCACUCCUUGCUCGAUGAUCAGGACGGUAUCAAUCUCUUCAGGACGUUCCUGAAACAGGAGGACUGUGCGGAUCUGCUGGACUUCUGGUUUGCCUGCAGUGGCUUCAGGAAGCUGGAGCCAUGUGUGUCCAAUGAGGAAAAAAGACUCAAACUGGCAAAAGCCAUUUACAAAAAGUACAUUCUGGACAACAACGGCAUUGUGUCCCGGCAGAUCAAACCGGCCACAAAAAGCUUCAUAAAAGACUGUGUCAUGAAACUGCAGAUUGACCCUGACAUGUUUGACCAGGCCCAAACUGAGAUUCAAUGCAUGAUAGAAGACAAUACCUACCCUUUGUUCCUUAAGUCGGAUAUUUAUUUGGAAUACACAAGGACAGGUGGGGAAAGUCCGAAAAUUUAUAGCGAUCCGAGCUCAGGGUCUGGGACAGGAAAAGGGCUACCUGGUUAUCUGCCUACUCUGAAUGAGGACGAGGAGUGGAAAUGUGACCAAGACACUGAGCCUGAGGCCAGCAGGGACUCCGCACCCUCAAGCAGGCUCACCCAGAAGCUGCUUUUGGAGACUGCAACCCAGCGUGCAACCUCCACCCGGCGGUACAGCGAGGGCAGGGAGUUCAGGCAUGGGUCAUGGAGAGAACCUGUUAACCCUUACUAUGUCAACACGGGAUAUGCCAUGGCACCAGCCACCAGCGCCAACGACAGCGAGCAGCAGAGCAUGUCCAGUGAUGCAGAUACGAUGUCGCUGACGGACAGCAGCAUAGAUGGGAUCCCACCGUACAGACUCCGGAAACAGCAUCGCAGAGAGAUGCAGGAAAGUGCCAAAGCAAAUGGACGUGUGCCACUACCUCACAUUCCUCGUACAUAUCGAAUGCCAAAGGAUAUCCAUGUUGAACCAGAAAAGUUUGCUGCAGAACUGAUCAAUCGUUUGGAAGAAGUACAGAAGGAACGUGAAGCAGAGGAGAAAUUGGAGGAGCGCCUUAAGCGUGUGCGAGCGGAAGAAGAAGGCGAGGAUGCAGAUAUCUCUUCUGGUCCUUCAAUCAUUAGCCACAAGAUGCCUUCCGCCCAACCCUUUCAUCACUUUGCCCCUCGCUACUCUGAGAUGGGCUGUGCUGGGAUGCAGAUGAGAGAUGCACAUGAAGAAAACCCAGAAAGCAUCCUGGACGAACACGUGCAGCGUGUGAUGAAGACACCAGGCUGUCAGUCUCCAGGCCCCGGCCGCCACUCUCCCAAGCCACGAUCUCCAGAAAGCGGCCACUUAGGAAAGCUGUCAGGGACACUUGGAACAAUUCCUCCAGGGCACGGCAAACACACCACGAAAUCAGGAAUGAAACUGGAUCCAGCUAACUUAUACCACCAUAAACAUGUCUACCACCACAUCCAUCACCACAGCAUGAUGAAACCAAAAGAGCAAAUUGAGGCCGAGGCCACGCAGAGAGUGCAGAACAGCUUUGCUUGGAAUGUAGAUUCACAUAACUAUGCAACAAAGUCAAGAAACUACUCUGAAAACUUGGGCAUGGCCCCUGUCCCCAUGGACUCUUUAGGCUACAGUGGAAAAGCAAGUCUGCUCUCAAAAAGAAAUAUUAAGAAGACCGAUUCAGGGAAAAGUGAUGGUGCCAACUAUGAGAUGCCAGGAUCUCCUGAAGACGUGGAGAGAAACCAGAAGAUCCUUCAGUGGAUCAUAGAAGGAGAGAAGGAGAUCAGCAGGCAUAAGAAAACAAACCAUGGCUCUUCAGGUGCUAAGAAGCAGCUGUCCCAUGACAUGGUCCGACCCCUCUCCAUUGAGCGGCCUGUUGCAGUGCAUCCGUGGGUCAGUGCCCAACUCCGGAACGUUGUCCAGCCUUCACACCCUUUCAUCCAAGAUCCUACCAUGCCACCCAACCCAGCACCCAACCCACUCACCCAGCUGGAGGAAGCUCGCAGGAGGUUGGAGGAGGAAGAAAAGAGAGCUGGAAAACUCCCACUGAAACAAAGGUUGAAGCCCCAGAAGAGGCCGGGCAGUGGUGCAUCCCAGCCAUGUGAGAACAUCGUGGUUGCUUACUACUUCUGUGGAGAGCCCAUCCCGUACCGCACCCUCGUCAAAGGGCGCGUGGUGACACUGGGACAGUUCAAGGAGCUGCUGACCAAGAAAGGGAACUACAGGUAUUACUUCAAGAAAGUGAGCGACGAGUUCGACUGCGGCGUGGUCUUCGAGGAGGUGAGGGAGGACGACACCAUCCUGCCCAUCUUUGAAGAGAAGAUCAUCGGGAAGGUGGAGAAGAUCGACUAGGCUCCAAGGCUGCAGAGGCUUUGAGGAAAGGACUGUGAAAGACUCUGGGACUGGAGGAGAAGGUCUGGGGCAGACGCUGGUGGUGCUUCUCCAGGAGGUGCUGGGCGAGCCUGGGGCGCAGCCCCCUCUGUGCCAGGACCUGGGCAAGCUCUGCUGUGCCAUGGGAAGUCGUUUCACCCCACAAACCUGCCAGUGGGAGCCUGGGCUCCCUCUCCAUACCGAAUAUAAGUGUAAUGUAGCAUUGUACAGUGCAUUAGAAAGUGUAAAAUGAACUUGUUUACUAAAGCUGCAUAUUUUUGAUAUAUUGUAAUAAAAGGAAAAUAUUUCCAAUGUCACAGUGCUCUUAUGUAAAUGUAAAACAUACAGGUACUGCAGAACUCACCCAAAGUGUACAGCCAUCCGUCAAACUCCGUGUGGUCCUCGCUUUCACAGCACCCUUCCCUGUCCCCUCGGUGUGUAUGGCUCUGAGCAGUGCUGGGGUGGGAUGCACCCAGCCGACAAGCUGCUGUCCCUGCUGCUGUGGAAGUCACUGCUGCACUCCAGAGGGGCACCACUGCACUUCUGCACAAUCUGAAGACAACUGAGCCAUUCUGAACGAGCUGGGCUCUCGCCUCCCUGGUAGUUGCAGCUACUGGACCUGGUAGGGUGGUUUUUCUCCUGAGCUUUCUUGUGACCGAGUGAACCCCGAAGGGAAGGGGGGGCGGGUGCCAGUUCUUGGUGCUGCAGGCUUCCCGUGGUGCCUUCCACCAGGGCAGGGCUGUGGGCCACCAGUGAGGAUCAGCUGCUGCUCAGCACUGCAGGGCUGGGCACUGGCAUCCCAUGCCCUGUGCUUGUCCCCCACGUGUGCCUGCUCCUGGGGCAGACGUUGCCUCCUGGAGGGUGCUGCAGCCCCACGGAGGGCUGGCAGCCGUGCGCAGGCCCCCAGUGCCAAGGCUGGACUUUGGUCAGGGGAGUUGCCUUAGGAGAGAGGUAGUGUGGGGAGGAAACCAAUUGGACGCUUCCAGUCUGAGGACAAAAACCAUCGCGUUAUGAGUCCUGUGUCUUCUGUCAGGUUCUGUGUCUCUGGGGAGGCAGCGUGAGGGCACUGUGGUCCGAAGCCAGCAGCAAAGGAGUUGUGGGGAUGUGAACAGCCAGCUCCCCUGAGUGCUGCAGUCACUGUAAGGGGUCGCUGCUUGGGUGUGCAGAUGGGACUGAGCUCAGCUCCGCCUGCCCUCAGCCCUGCCCUCCCCACCAGCCCAUGCUCUGUGCCCCAGCAGCCACAGCUUUGCUCUCGCCCUUGGGCAAACCCAGCCUCUGUGCCCCCACUGCCAGCUCCUAGGGGGUCCCACGUCAGCACUCACCCUGCCCACCCGCGUGCCCUUUGCCCACUGCUGCUGCAGCACAUUUUGGGGCCCAACUCGGCUGCCUGCAGGGCUGGGGCCGAGUGGCGCUGUGUGGGGACAACUCAGCCUCUUGUACACGUCACCGAGUGCCUUUAAACAUGGUUCUGUGACUUGCCUAUCACUAUGUGAAGUCCAGCAAAAUCGUUUUCAGCCAGGGAACAGUGUUACGAACGUCUUUCCUCCCUCUUUUUUAAGUUCUGAUGGUGUUGUGUCUGGUGAGGUUGUUACCAUGCCUGGGAUUUCCGUCUCCCCCUUUUUUUCUCAGGGGGUUCCCUGUAAAUAUGUACAUUUGCCGAGCGCAGCAUCCUCCAGUGGCCGUGCAGCCCUGGUGAUGCCUCCUGUGCAUCCUCAUGUUCUGACUUGUACAAUGAUCUUUUCAAAGGUACUUGGAUAAAAUGAAAUAAAAACCCCACAU